UAUGAGGAGGGAAUUUUUGGUAUUAAAUUUGAUACAUUAAUUUUAUAAAUUUUGAGAAAAAAAGAAUUUAAAACCUUAAUCUUUGACUCAACUUUAAAUAAAUAAAAAGACUUUUAAAGGUUUACUUUGAAAGUUACAACUUUAAUUGGACAAAUUAUGGACAGGAAAGAUCUAAGAAUUUCUUUAUAUUUGUGAACUAUUUCAACCAUGAAGAAAAAGGAUCCCAAAACCAUAUUUUCAAACUAAAACUAAGAAUGAACAAUUUAAAAGCCACUUGAAAGUUAUAACUACAAUUUUGAUAUACAAAUCAAAUUUAUUUACAAUAUUUCAAUCAUGCCACAUCCUUGCGUUGUCUGCGGACGUUCACGUCUGAAUCCCAACAAUCGUGAGGAAGAGUACAUGUUUUUCGGCUUUCCAGUGAAUGACGAAUCUCGUUGUUGUCGUUGGCUGGAGUUUUGCGGUCGUGAGGAUCUCUACAAACUUACAAAGAAGCAGCUUCUUCAGCGUAUGGUUUGCUCCAAGCAUUUCCAACCUCAAGAUUUCCUAAACGAUUAUUUUGACCGUUUAAAUUCUACAGCGAUUCCGUCAGUUUAUGAUCCUAAGCAGAGUUUAUAUAAUAUAACAUGUGUUCUUUGUGGAAGAGCACGAAGAGAUCCACCUGAAACGGAUUAUGAUGGAACAACUUUUCAUCAUUUUCCUGGAGAAGAAUUCCGAUGCUUGAAAUGGUUGGAUUUUGUUGGUGUGGACUCUUAUUACAGACUAACAAGAAAAGAAAUUCUUUUCUGCUACAUCUGCUCUAAACAUUUUGAUCGUGCCCAAUUUGUCCCAGGAUUUAAAGGAAGAUUAAUAGAUAACGCUAUUCCCAAUAUUCGUGAUCCAGACCAAUUGGACGAAAUAGGACCUUCUAUUACCGAAUUGCAGGAUGAACCGAGACUUUUCAACUCUCCAGACAAAGAAAAAAAGCUGGAACCAUUGCCUGUUAAAAUAUUAGAAAGUCAGGCUUGUGCAGCUUGUGGUCGAUUAAGGUCUGAUCCAAGGAACAAGAUUGAACGUUACAAGUUUCAUCCAUUCCCAGCAUACGAAAUAGGACGCUGUUUGCGUUGGUGUCAAUUCCUAGGCCGGGAAGAUUUACUUAAAAUGUCGCCCAAUCAAAUACGCAAACUCGUACUUUGUUCCAAACAUUUUCAGACUGGCCAAAGCUUUCACAAAAUAGGCCCAUGUGACGCAGUACCUACAAUAAAAGACAUUUCCGAAUCUGAAGAUAUUAUGGAACAAAAUGAAGAUGAUCAAGAUAUUGGAGAAGACCCUUCCAAGGUUCUAAAGCGUUCCAGACCUUUAGUGUCUAGCAAGAAACCCAAGAUCGACAAUAAACCUGCGCCAUUGGCAAAGAAACGAGGAAAAUCCCGAAGACCAACUUCUAUUAAUAUUCCUAGACCUGUUCCUAGCAAUUUGGAGAAUCAAAUGAUCAGAAAGCUACCUCUUCCAUCUGCAACCAAUUGGAAAAUUCAAUUGGCAGAUCAGUUGCAACCGAUUACGAUUAAUAAUAUUCCUGCAAAUGUUACGAAUAAUCAGACAAAUAUUAAGAAAAUUAUAGUACCAUUUUCUGGAGAUAUAUCAAGUCUUGGUGCUCCAAUACCAGUCCACAGUUUAUCAAGUAUUCCUCCAGGCCUGCUAAUUAAGAUAAACUUACCAGAACAAGAACAGCAAGUGCAACAACAAACAAAAUUGUUAAAGGCAAAAAAACAAAACAAAAACAAGACAAAGAACCUGAAGAAUGUGACAAAAAAAUCGAAUAAACAAACAUGGAAAAAAAAUAAUGGCCAAACUUCUGUUAUAUUAGAAAAUACAAAACAAAAUAUAGAUAAAAAUCUAGUAGAGUUUCUGUCAAUGUCUUCAGAACCUGCAGAAGAGACCGAUCUAAAUUCUAAUGAAAUGGAAAUGCAGGAAGAAGUAAUUCCACGUUCUUUGGAAAUGUUGAAUGUUGAAGGUGAUGUACAGGCAGAGCAAUAUUCUGAAGAUUUGGAAAAGGUGAAGAAAAUUACGACGAAGAAGAAGAAGAUACUACGGCGACAGAAGAAAUAUACGGGAACUAUGAAAAGAACUAUGUUUCCGAUCAAAAGCGAGAUAAAAUAUUUCUUCAGAAAAAUGACACCAUUGAUGCGUCGACUACCGACACAGACUAGAGCAACGUUAAAAUUAUCAAUCGUUAAUAUGGUAAUUGAUCAACUCUGAAAUUACGUAUAUAUUUUAUUUAUUUGAAUAAUUACUUUUCAAAAGGAUAUUAAGUCUCAUAUAAUAAUGCGCAUAUCUUAUAUGCGUAUUAUUCGUAAAAGUUUUAAUUACUUUUUUUAGAUCUAAACUUAGAAUUUCGAAGAUAAUUUUUCAUAUUUCCAAUAUUUUCUUAUAUAAGCGAUACACCACUUUAAUUUUACUAAGUAGUUCUUUAAUAUGAUAUUAUAUAAUUUGUACAUUUCAGAACUUUUUUAUAUAUUAGCCGAAAAAUACCCAAAACUUAGGACCGGUUUUACAAUCUUCGGUUACCUUAACCGACCGAUUAUUUCUUUGAAAUUGACCAAUCAUAUUUGUCGUUAAGCAAAAUUAAUAAAUGCGAUUGGUCAAUUCCAAUAGAAUAACCGGCCGGUUAAUUUAACCGGAGUUUGUGAAACCGACCCUUAAUCCUUCUUUACGUAUGAUAUUGCUGGAUAUUUUCAAAAAUAAAUAUCUAGUGUGUUUUUGACAAGAUAAGUUCAAUUACGUUAUCAUAUUGUGGAUAAUGUUCAAAAACUUAUUUAUUUAUUUAUUUAAAUGUGAGAGAAAGCUAUAUACAAAAGAUAUUGCAGCUAGCUUUUGAAGAUAAAGAAAAUAAAAAAUCUAAGAAUAGAAUUAUAAUUUUAACAUUUUUAUGUUUUAACAAUAUAUUUGUUCAAUUUUUAUAAUUUAAUUAUUGAUUUUCUAUUAUAUGGUACAUAUUUAUAAGCUCGCAAUUUUUUUAAUUACUUCUAGCAAAGAUUUAAGCAAAGUUAAUAAUAAAUUUUUUGUACAAUAUAGAUAAUAACGAUAUUUGUUUGCUAUUGAUUCAAAUGUAACAAAAUUUAAAAGCCAUUUUGAAUCAAUAAAAAUAAUACAAAUAUAAAUUUAUGUAACUUUGCGAAAAAUUGUGCGACCAAUAAAAAUAAUGAUUGUCACAAUGAGGGCAUUGUCGAGGAAAACGCUGAAUGCGAUUUGAAACUGAGUUUUUAGACUCUGAGAAAUACUUUUCUAAAAAUAAUUCUAUGAUUUUCUUUCACAAAAUUACAUAAAUUAUGAGUUUAUCAUUUUUGCUAUUAAUUCAAAGUAUUAUUUUUUAAAUUUUCUUAACAAGUGUAAUAAAUUUAAUAUCAGAAAUUUAAAAAAUUAUUUAUGGAUAGAGUAAUUAGUGUAUACAUACACAUACUAUACAUGUAUAUUGCUCAAAAGUUUCAAUAAGUGCGAUUUUUUGUAAAAAAGGCUAUGUGAACUAAAUUUAAUGUAAAAAACAAAUAAUUUUUGUUUUGUUUAUUCUAAAAAGUUUUAUUGAAACUUUUGAGCGAAAUUGUAUAUAUAUAAUAUAUUUACAUACCUAGCACUUAUAUUGUAAUGUGAAAAUUGUAGUGAAAAUUACAGUCAAUUGACAAAGAAAUUGUGCUAUGAAAGAGAAUUGUGUUAGAAGAGGACAUAUUUUUGUUUCCUUCUAAGCUAAUAAUAAUAUUCGUAUUUUGUAUUUUAUAAGUUACAUUUUGUUCACUUACAAGUUAUAUUCUUGAUAAAUGAUAUCACAAUUUAAAGCAAGUUUUCGAAAUUGAUUACGGUUAGUAAAAAGAAAUAGUCAUAAUCAGAGCUAGGUUUCGAGCAUAAAGACAGUUUCUUUACCAAAUAAAACAAACAUAGAUCUUAGAGAAAAAAAUUAUAUAAAUAAUUGAUUUAGUUCUAGAUAUAUUAUUGUAUAUUAAUCAUUAAAUAUAUUAUUUUUACUUCUACUCUCUUCCACACACAAUAUGCCAUCAUAAAUCAUCAUUUGUAAAAGAAGAAACACAAUUACUAUUUCCCGAAAUAUAUACAUAUAUAUGUUCGAAAAA